AUGGUCAAGUGUGGUAUCAACGGUUUCGGUCGUAUCGGCCGCAUUGUCUUCCGCAAUGCUAUCGAGCACCCCGACUGCGAGAUUGUCGCCGUCAACGACCCCUUCAUCGAGCCCAAGUACGCCAAAUACAUGCUCGAGUACGACUCCACCCACGGCCGCUUCAAGGGCACCGUCGAGGUCUCGGGCUCGGACCUGGUCGUCAACGGCAAGAAGGUCAAGUUCUACACUGAGCGUGACCCCGCCAACAUUCCCUGGUCCGAGACUGGCGCCGAGUACGUCGUUGAGUCGACCGGUGUCUUCACCACCACCGACAAGGCCUCUGCUCACUUGAAGGGUGGUGCCAAGAAGGUCAUCAUCUCGGCCCCCUCUGCCGACGCCCCCAUGUACGUGAUGGGUGUCAACGAGAAGUCGUACGACGGCAGCGCCAGCGUCAUCUCCAACGCUUCUUGCACCACCAACUGCUUGGCUCCCCUCGCCAAGGUCAUCAACGACAAGUUUGGCAUCGUUGAGGGUCUCAUGACCACCGUCCACUCCUACACUGCCACCCAGAAGACCGUCGACGGUCCCUCGGCCAAGGACUGGCGCGGAGGCCGUGGCGCCGCCCAGAACAUCAUCCCCAGCUCCACCGGCGCCGCCAAGGCUGUCGGCAAGGUCAUCCCCGCCCUUAACGGAAAGCUCACCGGCAUGUCGAUGCGUGUGCCCACCGCCAACGUCUCGGUUGUCGACCUGACCUGCCGCCUUGAGAAGGGUGCCUCGUACGAGGAGAUCAAGGCCGCCAUCAAGGAGGCUGCCGACGGCCCCCUGAAGGGCAUCCUCGAGUACACCGAGGACGAUGUCGUCUCGUCCGACAUGAUCGGCAACAACGCCUCGUCCAUCUUCGACGCCCAGGCCGGUAUUGCCCUCAACGACAAGUUCGUCAAGCUCGUCAGCUGGUACGACAACGAGUGGGGCUACAGCCGUCGUGUCAUUGACCUCGUCACCUACAUCUCCAAGGUUGACGGUGGCAAGUAA